AUGGAACUCAAACGAGAACAUUUUCGCGACAUAAUUUAUUACAAUUUUCAGAGACAAUUAUCGCAACAAGAAUGCCUUGCUGAGUUACUGUCUGUUUUCGGCAACGAAGCGCCACAUCAGUCGACAAUUUCCCGUUGGUAUGUAGAAUUCAAACGUGGACGGGUGAGUCUUAGCUACGAUCCCAGGGUGGGUGCACCAAAAACGGCAGUCACCCAGGAAAACGUCGAUGCUGUGCGCAAACUCAUCAUUGAAGGUAGAUAUGUGACAUAUCGCGAGAUUGAGGCGUCCUUGAAGAUCUCAAAGACCUCAAUUCAAAAAAUUUUACAUGAAGAAUUAGAGGUUAAUUGGUGUCAAAAAACGCUUGACCGUUUCAAUUCCGGAAACUCAAAAAAUGUGUACAGCAUUGUUAGUGGUGAUGAAUCGUGGAUUUACUGUUAUGAACCAGAAAAAAACGACAGUGAAGAAAAGCCAACAAAAGUGGUCGCGACAUUUGUGUCACAAGCGGGUCAUAUUGCAACAAUUCAUCUUAAUGAGAACUUCAUCACCGAGCUUCGAAAAAUCAACCUCGAAAGAAGAAUCAUCCUCCACCAAGACAAUGCAAGCUCGCACACAACCCAAAAAACAAGGCAUCCCGAUCUAAGUCCUAACGAUUUCUUUACUUUCCUGAAAAUUAAAAACAGACUGCGUGGUCAAAGGUUCCAGUCACCAGAAGAAGCAGUUGACGCAUUCAAAAAUGCCGUUUUGGAUCUGACAGCAAACGAGUGGAAUAAGUGCUUUGAAAAUUGGUUCGAGCGCAUGUGUAUUAAUCUUCGUGGAGAAUACUUCGAAAGACAAUAA